UUCUGAGAUUCUAUAGUUUUUGGAAGUGUCCGAAGAGAAUCCAUUUGUUUCCUUUGUUCAAUUACUAGCGAUUACAUAUUAUCUGCACCUACUACAAUCUAAUCAAUCAUGUUCCUCCGCACCGGUUCUCUUCGACUGUCUGGGUUGGUGCGUCGUCAAGAACUACGAUCCAACGCCAGGAGAAUGUACUCUUCUCAAUCAGAUGACGCAGACAUUGACGCCAUGCUUGCGAAGCCUACGUGGUCUGUCCGUUCGUUGCUUCCUGAAGAAAACGCAAACGCAUCUGCACCGUCCGUGACCCCGACGCAACUUCGCCAUCUGCUCCGUCUGUCAGCUCUCCCGCAACCCGCAAACGAGGAGGAAGAGAAGAAUAUGCUUGAGACUCUCGAAUCCCAGAUUCACUUUGUGAAACAGAUUCAGCGCGUCGAUACCACCGGCGUGAAGCCCCUACAGAGCAUCCGGGACGAAAGCCCGGCCGCGGUGAAGGAAAACACAAUUGGGUUGGAACAGCUUAGAGAGGCCUUGUCGAAGGAACGAGUGGUCGGACGCAACAAGAGAAUCCAACGAGUUGAGAGUCCGAGGAAUGACCGGCCGGAUGGGGAUACCUGGGAUGGAAAUGCGCUUGCCUAUGCGUCUAAGACUAAGGGGAAGUUCUUUAUUUUCGGCUCGGGGCCUUCGCCUGCUCCUCCGAAGAGCGACCGUGACCAAGACUUGACUACCACUUUGGAUCGCCCACAGCGAGCUGACUUGACGGUUCUUGUCGCGGAAAUCACGCAGCACAUGCGAGAUGCAAUCGUGCAAAACUUCCAUGGUCCGGUUUCGACAGAGAAUCAUGCUUCACGUGACCAGUCAGAAGGCGACCACAACAAUGACACUGAUUCCUUGUCUACUCCGUCAGAUGCACAGAAAGAGGAAACCUCGGCUGUGACCAGUCAAUCCGAGUAUCAACCUACUGCGCAAGAUCUCAAGUCAGAAACCAGGGCCCUCACCAGCUUCGAUGAUUGGCGAGACUCGGUACUGUUGAGGAUCGGCGAGGUUGUGAAUAAAGAUAACGAGGGUUCUGAUGGAGAUUAUACGCCGCAACAGUUGCAGGAACCCCAAAUAGAUGAGGAUCAGGGUUCUUUAAAGAAACUUUGUGAGGUUUACCCGCCCGUGGAGACGCCUCUUGCCCAGCUACCCAAGGCUAAGAGGCUUCUGAUUCUCCACUCGCUGCUUCUUUUAAUGCUUAGUCUUGAGCACUACAAUUCUCGCUCACGUGUCCUAAUGUUGUAUGUCUCCUCCAGCCUGAACCUUGAUAUCACCAUCCUCAACGGCGAUGAAACCCAGGUUGCACGUGGGCUGCUUGACACGGCUCUUCAGCUUGCAAGUGCUGAAGCAGAAAGCCAAGGCAAAAAACGGGACUCCUCCAGAAAGUGGAAGGUUGGGGCGGCCUCUGUUGCAGGAGCUGUACUGAUCGGCAUCACCGGCGGACUUGCUGCGCCAUUGGUUGCGGCUGGCCUUGGAACUGUCCUAGGGGGCAUUGGUCUUGGUGCCACCGCUGCCGCGGGGUACCUAGGUGCUCUCGCAGGCAGCGGGGUCAUUGUUGGUGGUCUCUUCGGUGCCUAUGGAGGCCGGAUGACUGGACGGAUGGUCGACAAGUACGCUCGUGAGGUAGAUGACUUUGCUUUUCUGCCCAUCCGUGGCUCCCAACAGAGGUCUGAGGAUGAAAGGGAAGCUGCUCAGAAUGACCAUAUGCUGCGUGUCACAAUUGGCAUCACUGGCUGGGUGACCGAAGAGGACAACUUUGUUGUUCCGUGGCGAGUCAUCGGUGCUGAUACUGAGGUAUUUGGUCUGCGCUGGGAAACAGAGCCUUUGAUGAAACUUGGAAAUGCCAUGAAUCUCUUAGUCACAAGCGCUGCUUGGGCGGCGGGCGGCCAGGUUCUGUCUCGGACCAUUUUCGCGCAGAUCAUGAGCGCUGUGAUGCUUCCUCUUGGUCUCCUCAAAGUUGCCCGUGUGGCUGAUAACCCGUUCAGUGUUGCCAAGGCCCGUGCAGACAAAGCGGGCGAGGUCCUUGCGGAUGCGCUGAUUAGCAAGGUUCAGGGUGAGCGGCCCGUCACUCUCGUGGGCUACUCGAUGGGAUCUCGCGUCAUCUUCUCCUGUCUCCAGAGUCUGGCAAAGCGGGGUGCAUACGGCUUGGUGGAAUCUGCAAUUCUGAUGGGAUCGCCUACUCCAUCCAACGCGCCUCACUGGCGUCGUCUACGGAGUGUUGUUAGCGGCCGGCUGAUCAACGUGUACUCGGAGAAUGAUGCCGUCCUCGCUUUACUCUAUCGAACUAGCAGUCUGCAGCUCGGCGUUGCAGGCCUACAGCCAGUUCAAGGCGUGACUGGGGUUGAGAAUCUAGACGUCAGCGAUACUGUUAGCGGCCACCUGCGCUACCAGUUCCUGAUUGGACGGAUCUUAGGUCUGGUUGGUCUGCAAAGCAUUGAUGCUCGCGAGGUGGCCCGGGAAGAGGCAGCCUUGGCCGUCAAGGUCAGGAAGCAGGAGCAGGAGCGGAUUCAAAAUGAGCGUCGUGCAGGUGUGGAAGGGGACGAGUCGGCGCAUCGCAUUCUGGAAAACGGGGAAGGAAGUGGCGAGGAAGCGAUGCAUGCUGAAAUGGAACAGAAGACCAGGGAACGUCUUUCUCGAUUGGAGGUACGCAAGGAAAUCAAACGUCGACCUGUUCCGUCCGAACCAAGGGAUGAGGGAAGUCCACCUCCAUCGGAACACAGUGGUCAGCCGUGACUUUCUUGUCCUAGUUUCCGUUGCAAGGUUGAUCAAACCUUGACUUCUCAAUAAUGCUGUCACUUUAUCAAGAAUAUCGUAUACCUCGCUUUAACUACAUUAGAAAUUCGAUCUUCACAUCGGACACUUUGUCUACGCGAUUAUCAAUGCCUGAGCCAUAGUCCCAGGCGGCCAAUGAUAACUCUUCUGAUCCUUACUGACCAUUGUUUUUCUGGUCGUCAAGGCCGGUUACCACGC